ACUCACUUAGCGACUCAUUCAAAUGCACACUGGCACGUCAAAAGAUCAUAUGCUUGAAAUGGAGGUUCUUACCGAUGAAAACAUUAGUCCAGCUUUCAAGAGAAUCAAAUAUGGAAUACGAGGAUGGCUCGAAGAUCGCACUUAUGAAAUAAAGCAAGAGCUUGCUCGCGUGAGUAUAAUUUAUUCAGAACGAGCUUUUCAAAGGCUUAUUAUGCUCGGAUCGGGGCUGGGAGUCAGGCUAUUUAAGUACCCACAUUUUUCAUCCAACUACACUGUCAGAGAAUGGUCUUAUACCCUAGGCCAUCUUCUGAGAUUGUAGGCUAUUUACGUUCCUAAAUAGGUCCUUAACCGCUAUCUACAAGUGUACAAAGCACAAAGCAAAAAUGAUGCAAUAGACCUUCGUCAAGCGGCGGCCAUUUUGUCUCAGAAUAUUAAUUAAAAAGCUUUGUUUAUGCACGCCAGACUUAGGUAAUCGAUAAACCGAUAAUCGAUACCUGUAUCAAUCAUCGAUGAAUAUCGAUUUCUGAUAUCGAUCGAUAGACAUUGAUAAAGAAAAAAAGUUGUGACUUCGAUUAAUAUUGAUGAUUUUCCGAUAGAAAUCGAUAAAUGAUUCUUCAUCGAUUACUAUCGAUUCCUAUCGAUUGUUAUCGAUUUUGUUAAUCAGUAACAAUCGAUAGAUUGUUUUUUCUGUGACUUCGUUUUUUAUCGAUUAACUACGUCUGGUGCACGGCUUGUAGAGAGAACGAGGCUAGCCGUGCAUUUAUAUACAAAGCUUUUUAAAUCUCCUGAGACAAAAUGGACGCCACGUGACAAAGGUCUGUUGUUACAGGGCCUAAAAAGCAUGUGUGCCACAAGCAGCCCAGGUUAGUAUUUGUAGCAAAAUCCAUGAUAGAUCAGCCUGCAUGUAGUUGUUGUUGUCUUUUAUACGAUCUCACGUCAGUCUCAAGCCCAAAGCCUAAGAGUCAGCAGUUGUUCACCUCCACUCUAUAGAGCAACAAUAACAACUGUUUAACUCCUUCUUUAUAGCCCCAUUUUCUAGAAGUGCUGAUCUAAAACUAAUCCCACAGUAGGUUAUUACGAGCAGUUAUGAAGGGGCAGCACCAAAACACGGAAUCCGGAAUCCGGAAAUGGAAAUGGAAUCACGGAAACGGAAAUGGAAUACGGAAUCAAAUAUCAAUGAUAGAAGAUUAAAGAAUUUUUCAUUACAGAAUUUAGUACAAUCCAAAGAGAAUUUGUCUUAGUUUUCUUGGCAGUUUCCUUAAAUAUAUUCUUGUUAUUGUGUUUUGAUAAGGUUUGCCGUAGUGUGGGUUACUGCACUGCAAGGCCGAUGAAAGUAAUUUUACGUGUAAUUUUUAUUCACGAGUUCAUGGGUUGAAUAAUACAGUUAAAUAUUACUUUUGUAGCUAAUUGUCAAGAAUAGUCAUAGUUAGCCUCAGACCACGCCACGUGAUUGUCCCCAAACUGAAUACUCCACACGUGACCGACCAGUGACGUGACUACAGUUCCAGUGUUUUAGCAAUAAGUUCAAAUUUUUCGCCAAGCUAAAUACUGAUGGAAUACUGGUGUACCGGUCAUUGAGUUUACGUGGACGUCCGUAUUUUUGUUGAAGAGGCUUAUUAAACAUGGCGCGGAAUCAAGCAAAUGCAUGCACAAUUCUCUCUUCUCUUUGGACCACAAUGCCACGGUUCUCUUGAGUAAGUUGUCUUGAUAAAUAAAACUGAACACUGUCGAAGACAACCCAGAAAAGACACUGAGAAAAACUUGAUGGCGACGCCUUUCAGUUACCGGUAUGUAAACGACGCCUCUGACGAUUCAAACGAAGUUUGUCUAACUUACCUUUUUCUUAAGGCACUAGUUUUUUUGCCAGUAACGUUUUUCUCCUUGCUUUGCUGUCCCAUGAGAAAUUUAUUUCAUUGCCGAUAGUGGUAUCAAGCGUCUUUUCACCGGAAUCGACUCCUCUAGUGAUACAGCAGUCUCCUCUCCUCUACUCAGCUAAUUUAUUCAUUUGUGUCUUUUUUUUAUCUGUUUAUUUAUUUCAUUGUCAUUACUAAUAUUCUUUUUUUCAAAUCGAUCGCUUGGAACCUUCUUUCACAGAUUCCGUAUUCUGUUUCCGUUUCCAUUUCCGUGAUUCCGUUUCCGUUUCUGGAUCCGGAUUCCGUGUUUUAGUGCUGCCGGUUAUGAAGUCCGUUAAAAAUGGCUUUUAAGGAUCAAAUUGUUAAUAUCUUAAUUAGUGUUGCAUAAAAGAGGACUUAAAGCAGUCUGUGUAAAGAAAAAGCAUACUGGAUAUCAAGGGGUAGAUGUUCCACUCUGGGGUAAUUGUGAGGAAAGAAUAAUACUCUCUAUAACAGAACUUCGGCACUAGAAUAUUCCUGAAGUACAGUAGACUUUAAGAUUGUCUGAUAGCAUCCUCUGAUCCAGUUAGAGUGGCAAUAGUUUUGUACUUGCAUUGUACACCCUAACAUGUCACAAUGGAACUCAACUGGUUUGAAUUUGUGUGUCAUGAAGCAAGGCCAAGAUGACCCAGAAUCUCAAUUUUAUUGAUAUAAUGAUAAAAGUACACACAAGAGGACAUGAUGCAGGGAAUUAGUGUCCCACAGGCCAGCAACUUUUUUUUUUCUCAAGAUUAGGGGUGGCGAAUGGUACCUCGAAAAACGUGGGUCUCGGAAAAUUUUGGCAGGAUCUCGAAAUCUCGGAAGCGUUUUUGAUAAGUCUCGAAGUCUCGUUUUUGCAUGGUUUGUUUUUACUGUUUUUGAGUCUCGAAACAUUCUACCAAAAAGUCUCGGGCUCGGAUUUCUGACUAGGAUCUCGGCGUGUCGGCGAGUCUCGGAUUUUACCAUUCGCCACCCCUAAGAUUGUUCUCUGCACCUUUAAGUAGUGCAUAAUGUUGCAUAAUCUCUCUCCUCUGUAGAGAUAUAUUACAGCAUACACAUAAUCCAGUAACACAGUUGACACAUUUUUCACUGCAUUCCAGUAAUAUGUAGUAGCAAAAUUAAAAUGACCCGAUAUGGGCUGCAGAUACUCCUAGGAGUUGGUCCAUCACUGUGACAAACUUAAUCCUUGGCAGCUUUGACCUACAUUUAAGGUCUACUUAGAGAUAAUUGAAUGUGACUUAUAUACACAUAAUGCUUCUUGACAAUUUUAUUAUAGGGAGAUAGCAAACCUUUUUCAGAAGUUGUCAUACAUCUAGGAAACCCACAAGGCAUGGGGCAACCACCUAUUACCUUCUUUAGACAGGUGAGUAUAUUAACUGUCCUUGUUUGUCAGGACUUAAUAAUGUGAGGAUAGACUAUCAGAGGCAGAUGCAGAAAACUGAGAAAGUGGUGGGAGAGAUGUGGCCAAGACUCCUGCCAACUAUUUUUUUCCUGAGUGUCCUUGGACCAUGCACCCCUAAAUCAACCCAUGAUUUUCAUCUUUUUGUUAGAACCUUGAAGCAUAAAUCAAUGUCCUCAUGCAGAACUGCAUGCCUAAACUUUAUUCAUCCAAGCUAUAUUAAAUUCAGCCUUCAGGUUAUAAUACCGCACUUUAAUUAAAUAAUUUUACAAUUUGAGCUAUAAAUGCUGCUUUUCUCCUUUUCAAUGGAAACCUAAUCUUUUUUAAAGGCUCUUUUGGUUGUAUAAUAAAGUAAGGAUGAAAAACGUUUACUCUAGUCUUGAAGUUGGUCACAUGCUAAUAUCCGAUACCUAUAGAAUUUGGAUAUUACAACCUUUAGAACCAAAAGCCCUCCCUUAAUUUUAAGUGAUUUAUUAUAAUAUUACUGAUCACCACUACAUAGGAUAGACUGUGUGUGUAAUUUUUUGCAGGUUAUGGCUCUUCUUUUGUGCCCUGACCUUUUAGAUGAUCCAAGCUUCCCUCAGGAUGCUAAAAGAAGAGCCAAGAGAAUCCUCGAUGACACAAUUGGACAUACCAUAAGUUAGUAAUAAUAAUAAGAAGUUUGCCAUUAUUUGAGUGAACCUUAAAUGUGGGUUAAUAAUAGUGAAACAGAUGCAGUCUGAUCAGUGCAGCAGUUCUUUUUCAAUUUGAGUGCCUGAUGUUCACAUUUAUUAUAUCAUAAUAAUUCUAACAAAUCUCAUUUGUCAUCAAUAACCCUGACUGGGAUUUUCCAUUAAAUUUCCUUCGUACAGCCACACCUUUUCUUGUCUAAAACCAGGAGGGCCACCUAUCUAUCUACCUAGCUUUCCUCAGAUGACUCAUACCCCCGCAGAGCUGACUGAUCUCCAAAUCUUGAAAUGCUAAGUUUGCACCCUGCUAUUCUUAGCACCUCUCAAAGGCAGAUAGUGUCAUAUUUAGGGGUCAAUCCAUCUUUGAGUUCCUUUUAGUUCCUUCUAUUCAGUUUCCUUAGUCUUUAGUUGGCACAGGUGGGUUGAGUUUCUUGUUGGUUCUCUUCCUCACUCCGUUUCUUCCAGCACCCUAGUUUAAUUUCCCACUCCUCAAAUUAAGCCAACACAUCCAAAUUCCAAGUCGAUCUGGAAUGCCUGGACAUGUUCGAAACGAGUUCUAAAGAACUCCUCUUUUGCAAUAUUUGUGAGUAAUAUUUUAGUUCAGUGCUAAAGCACUUAAUAAUCAGUGAUCACCUCCAAAUUUCCAUGAUGGUAUCUUGAAUAUGAACUCUAGAGAAGGAACUAUAAAAUUAUGGUUUGCAUUUACCCUUUUACAGGUAGCUACACUUCAGCUCAGGGUAUAAAUGUUUUGCGUCAGGAUGUGGCUAAUUACAUUACACAACGAGACAGUUAUCCUGCAAACUGUGAGGAUAUUUUUCUGAUAAAUGGAGGAGCAGAAGGAAUUGAUGUAAGUUAAUGUGAUUGCUUCUGGAUUGACAUCUAACAAAUGUUUUUAAAUGUGUGCUUUUGAAUUGGUACAUUAAGCUACAAUUAGUUGCUUGUCCUUUCCAUCAUCAUUCUCAAUAUCAUCAUCAUCAUUACUAAUUUCAUAUUAGACAUGAAGUGGGAAUAUUUUUUAUGUUAGUGUAAAGUGGUGAACAAAGCUGAGAUAGAAAAACAAAUAUCAGUAAGUACCAAGUCACCUGAGUAAACCUAGUGGUAACUGAAAAAAUAAUGGUUUGUUUCGCCACACAGGUCAUGAUGGGAAUUAUUUCAACAGGAAUCACGGAAGGAAAGGGCCGAGCUGGGGUAAUGAUUCCUAUCCCUGGAUAUAGCAUGUAUCAGGCGAGGCUACUGCAACACAACACACACCAGGUAAUACCUAUUUGUCUCACUUGCUGUCACUUCCCGCGUAGCCUGUUCCAGGCGUUCAAAUAGUAGAACACAGUGAUUGAGGUAAAUCGUACACGGAGGAAACGAGAGGAGAGUGGGGCGAGAGCGAAGGAACUCUCUCUCUCUAGUCUCUCCCGUUAUUUUUUUUCCUCGUUAAUUAAUUUUUCGACCGCGCUCUAUUAUCUGAACGCCUGGAACAGGCUACUUCCCGCGAGAAGUGACACGCGUGUUGCGUCUUAUUUUAGGAGUUGUUUACACUGUCGCUCACGCAUUUUCCUCUACUUAGUCUCAUAGCUGGCGGUUUUGUGUGGGAGGGGCAGCGUAAAGGAGUGGUAGGAGAGUGGAGCGCUCUUUCGCACACGCUUCGCGCGUGCUGUCGCGGCUUUACUUCGCUUUUCACGCUUGCUGAGCAGUAAACUGUAACGUCCGAUAACUGUUAAGAAGAAAGAGACUUGAGACUCUAAAAGAUGCAUGGUUGUAAAUUUGAAUUAAUUGUUCGCAUACCGAAACUCUACUCCUGUAUUUUCCAAGCAGAUUUUCCAUCUUUAAGAGCCGUUGGCGCGUGCGAACCACUACUAGAAAAGCAAAAUAUUACAAAACAAAAAACGCUUUGCGGUGUUCGAGCGAGUCAGCUUCUUCGCUGCACAAAAUUCGUCCAAGUUUGGCUGAUUUUCACUAACCACAGUGACCGACCGGUCGUACUCGGAGUCGUAAACGGUUUCAUAAGCUUAAAAGCCGGAAUCGGAGUCCCAAGAAUCGGAACGUUUUUGUCUUCCGAUUCCGCUUACGACUCCGCCGCUUACAGUAUAGAAAUAACGACAUGAAUAAAUCAAUCACAGGUCUCGGUACCAAGCACGGUGGCAUGUUGAGAAAGACUGAUCUAUCGCUUCUCCUUACAAGUGUAACAACCUUGUAGUUUUCCCUACUGACUUUGUAAGCGACGGAGUCGUAAGCGGGAUCGGACUUCUUUUUCACUAAAUCAUAACGCUUUGCACUUCUAAUUACGAUUAGUGAAAACUGGACCAGCCUUACCUUAAGAGUUCCCGAAACUAUCCGUCAACCAGAAUAAAUCUAAGAACUUGGUUCCCGUUUUGUUGCAGCAAGAAUUUAUUACUUCAAACUCCGGCAUUCUUCAUCAGAGACCCCAGGAGAAAAUUACGUUCUACACAAUUUUUUGUUUAUUUUUUAUCCUAAAGAUAUUUUACCUUCUUGACGAAGACAACAACUGGGGUUUGAAUAUGUCUGAACUAAAGAAAAAGCUGGAUGGGGCAAGGCCGCACUGUUUACCAAGAGCUCUUGUGCUGAUAAAUCCAGGCAAUCCAACAGGUACAUUGAAUGUUUAUCUAUUUGUAAUUACCUGCAAUAAUAGCAAUGAAGAUGAUGAUGAUGAUGAUGAUGAUGAUGAUGAUGAUCAAUGAUAAUAAAAUUUCUCUAUUUACUCUCGACAUUGUUUUAGCACACAGUCAGGUUAUUGCGUUCGAGCUUUCUUUUUACGGGGUGUCUCUUAUAAAAGGGUGUUCGUUAUACCAAGGUGUUAGCUAUAUAGGCGUUCUUUUUACCGGGGUGUUUUUUUCUCCUUUUUUUGAUGAAUUCCUCCUUAUACCGGGAUGUUCAUUAUCCAGGCAGUCGUUAAACUAGGGUGUCCGUUAUAUAGAGAUUCUACGUUAAACCGAGGUGUUCGUUAUAUCAGAGUUUAACUAUAAAAUGUAAACCAAGAGACUAUAAAGGGGACAGAGAGGGCAUCCCCCAUAUACACCCUAUUCCAUAGGUAAUUCGUCUCGAGUUAUUUUUAACACCACAGAUCUCAAGGGGGAUUAGACAACAGCCAAUCACAUAGCGCGAAUGUGUUCCGCGUGGAUGACCCACGCUGAGAGCCACGCGUCCUUCACGAAAUGACGCAGAACAAAAUGGGGGAAGACGCGGAGAGCGAUUUUGCUAUUCCUUUUGUCGACGAAAACGACUACAGCAAGAUUUCUGCGAAAGCUGUGUCAGCGAAACCGAAAUUAAAAAAGAAUCGCCCUUCCUCUCUUGUAUAGAGCUAACAGUAGAGCAGGGAAAUCCUUAACACACUGAAUAUUCUCUCAGGAUCAUUUAUAAUUUACAGUUUGAAGUGAGCAAUUUCUGGUUUGAUGUUUAUUUUUUUCAGUCUUUGUAGCGAUUAUUCCUACCCACUUACUUUGUCAAUUGUAGGCGAACCCUCUUAAAGCUGAAUUUCAAGGACCAUAUUCAAGCUCAGAAAGAGAAAUAAAAUUUCGUCGUUGCUUAUUUACGUCCUCCAUAAAACGCGAAAUUAGCCAUUUUCACGUCGUAGUCGUGCAAAAACGGGAAAGAAAUGAACAAAAAAGUGUGUUGCACGUGCGAAGUUGUUGUUUUGCUAAUUAAACCUAUUGUUUUUUUGACGUUCUAGUUGUCGUCCGCGUCGUUGGAUCUUAAACUCCCUAAAUUGUACAAACGACCAGUUUCAAUAGACCGGCGAAAUUUCUCAUUUCAUUAAAGCACUGAGGUUACGACAACUUCGAGUUAAACUGAUUUCACGGGUUGUCAAAGAUUCCAGCGAUUCCUUUUUCCCAGGUGAGCGCCGACUCAUUUCGCUUCAAUAUUCAGGAAUGCUCUCGAUCUUUUUACGCUUUCAUUGCCUCUCGCCCGACAUGUUUUGCACGGCGUUUGGUCAUGCGAAACCUCCACGAAACAUCCACUCCUCGCGCGAGGUAACUUUAUCCCGAUUCUAAAAAUAACUCGAGACGAGUUACCUAUGGAAUAGGGUGUAUAUGGGGGAUGCCCUCUCUGUCCCCUUUAUAGUCUCUUGAUGUAAACUUGUUCUGUCCUUCGUUUAUCCAUUAACAUUAGUCACGUUUGCUUCUUGUUUAUAUAUAGGUCAGGUGUUGACGUAUGAAGACAUUCAAGAGGUAAUCAAGUUUUGUGCUCGUGAGAAGUUAGUUUUAUUCGCCGAUGAAGUUUACCAAGACAACGUGUACGCGGAGGGAGCCCAGUUUCACUCGUGCAAAAAAGUCUUCAGGGACCUGGGAGACGAGUAUAGCGGAUUUCAAUUGAUCUCUCUUCAUUCCAGUGCCAAAGGGUACACAGGCGAGUAAGUUGUGCGUGUGUGUUUUUCCUCUUCCUUGUUUGUUUUUGUGGCCACCUUCGGGUAGUAGACAAAAAUGAUUUAGUGUCAAUUUUGUACCCUUGGAUUCUGUUUGCCGGGCUUAUUUGAUUGCACAUACAUAACCACAGACAAACCAUUAUUAACCCUUGCACUCCCAAUUGCAAAUUACAAAUUUCCACCGAAAUUUCUUGAACAGUCGUCAGGUGUUCUUUCCAACUGUAUUUUUGUAAACGGUAAACAACCUUUCUCCCCAUCAUGGCGGUUUCGUACCAUGCCAAUGACAAGCUGCAAUGGGUCAAUAUUUCAUCUACCGCGGCUACUGGACUUUCUUCAUUGCUGUUCCUUGCAGAUGUGGGCUCAGAGGUGGAUAUAUAGAGCUGGUAGGAUUCAAUGAUCAACUCAGGUCUCGAGUUAAAACUUACCUGAGUGCAAGAAGUUGCCCUUCCACAAUAGGACAGGUACGAAUAAUGUAUGUCAUGUAGUGAAAUGGGACAGAGGUCCCUAGUGAAAGGACUGCCUCAAACCCUAGUCCCGAUUUCCACUUUGAAUUCCUGGAAAGACCUCAGUUAAUACCUUUCGUUAGAUCAAAAGUAUCUAGGUGCUUCUACGAUGACUUAUUAACAUCUCCCAAGUCAUAGACUAGCCUGGUUGCUUGUGUUUCUCUUUUCGUUCUAUUGGCUUUGUGUUGUUUCUUCCUCUUGUUGUUUUUUUUUGUUCUAUGGUGCUCAGGGUAAAAAUUGCAAUAGUUCAGAUGUAACUUCAUCGUACUUAGGCGUCUCUCACACUAUGCGCAAAGAAUGGCGGGAUGGUGAAAGAUGACUUUGCACUCCUUUCUUACUCCUCCCGUGCCUAGCCCCUAGGCCUCAUUUUUCCGCCCGGCCAAAGCGUUUCGGGUCACGUGGAUUAUGCGAAAAUGUGAGAGCGUUUCCCGCCCGUUCGCCUCGGAUACGUCACCGAAACGAAAUGACCGAGAGGGACUGGGAAAACGCCGUACAGGGACUAGGCAAACUCCUCCCAUAAAGCUUCGCGCUUCUCUUAUUUCCAGUCAUUCGCCUUGUGUCGCGGGAGUCUCGAAGCGCUUGCAGAGGAAGCUGUUAGUGCUUUAUUGUAAGGUACUCAGUCUGUAUUCAUUACGCUUGGUUUCUAACCCAAGGUAAUCAUGGGACUCACUUGCAACCCUCCCAAGCCUGGCGAUGAAUCAUAUGAAAAGUUUUCAAAGGUAUGCUCCUAACUGUAACUUAACCCAGAGAAACUCACGCGCCUCGCGUGAUCAUAAUCAGUGCUACUUUAUCUCUCGUGUAAUUUUUUAAAGGGGCUCUGUCACGGCUGACUAGUUUAUAUGGUUGAUAAUGGCAAUAACGAGUCAUUAUUCGCUAUGGAACUUGAGAACUUAGUACUUAGUUGUGAAUGACAGAAUAAAUAGCGUCGUAUUAUUCUUUUUUUAGCUGGUCUCUAGUGCUCAGGCUGUAACGCGUUCCAGGUUUUAACGAAAAUGUAACAAUUUGAACCGUAGCUUUUCACGAUACAGAUAAAAGCAGUGAAUAAUACAAUACUUAGUCAGGUGACGCCUCUAAUGCCUGACAUGGGAUAGCCGAUUUAACAAAUAAAGCUUGUUCCUCUAACCCCGGGCACCAGAGGUUUUUCUCGCGCGUGGCGGGAUCCUUCGGCCCGCGGGCCGAAGCCACGAGUAGCGAUAAAGAUUUGAAAAACCGGAAGCCGUGCAUGAAAAGUCUCUGGCACGCAGGAUAGGUUUCCAUUGAUUCUUUUUCCCAAACAAAACGUCAGAUUCGAGUCUUGCGCAAGUAAAGUUUGCCAAGUGCUGAAGUCGCUAAGGGACUAGGCCGAGUAAACAAAAAUUUCUAUUUUCUCCUGGAAAAUUCGGCAAUCUUCUUAUAAAUGUAUAGAAAAUGAUCUUUAAUUGCGACGCACUAGGGAAAUCUAUAGAGGUGAUUACCUUCAGAAUUCCCAUAUCUUGCCUAAUGCAUUAUUUGUGUGUUAUCUGUUUUAUAGGAAGUAACAUCCAUCAAGGAUUCUUACAGGAAGAAAGCAAAGAUGACAACAGAGGUUCUUAACUCAAUGGAAAAUGUUAAGUGUAACGAGGUGGCAGGUGCAAUGUAUGCGUUUCCGAGGAUAACACUUCCAAAGAAAGCUAUCGAGGCAGCCAAGGUAUCAUGUCUUGUUUCCGGUCCUGAUUUCUAGUGCCACACUGCAGAAUACUGUCAGUAAUGGAUAUCCUAGGUGUACGGUAAUCUGAAUUCCGGAAUCCGGGAAUUUUUUACGUGUGGAAUCCGGUAGGUGUACGGUAAUCCGGAUUAGAAUACUGUCAGUAGUGGAUAUCCUAGGUGUACGGUAAUCCAUAAUCCGGAACCCGGGAAUUUUUUUCUUGUAGACUGAUCCGGAAUCAGUUCAGGGGUUUGAAAUUUGGAAUUCAGACCCGGUUGUUCAAAAGAUGGGCAGCGCUAUCUACCGAAUAAAUCACUAUGCGAUAGAUAAGUAUGAGCGAAACCAAUUGCACUAUCCACUGGAUAGAGAUUUAUCCCGUGGAUGGCGUUAUCCACCUUUUGAACAGCUGGGGCCUGCUCUAUAUAUGAAGCCCGGAAUCUCGCCAACGAUUGGAAUCUGGAAUCCACGUUUCAUGGACAAGGAAUAUUGAAUCCAGUACCCGCCAUCCCGGAUCAACAACAUAAAAUCCGGAAUCCACAACGUGCGAUCAAGAAGCCAAGGUUCUCGUUGAUGCACCUUAUGUUAGUGGAAUGCCAACCCGUUUCCCGCCGUGUCAGUUUUCACAAAAGGCGUUCUUCGGUUAGAAAAAGUGAAAGGGACGCUAUAGGCUCACAUAUUAUUCAGGCUGCUGAUAAUGUUCCGGGAAAAUUAAAAUUUCAUUUUCUCGACUUUCCAAAUUACAUUCCUAAAUUCCAUAUGUCGUAUCGAUCUAGUAACAGCUCCCAGAGAAGGCUUCAUCGAGGGAUUCUUUAAAAUACAAAUAUUCCCGUCACAAGGAAAGUAUGUAUGUGGUCUGUUUGGUGAGCGAAGUGAAAGGAUUUUGGGGUGGACAAAAGUAACGUGUACUAAGUUGUUUGUAUAAUUGUUUUGUUUGUAUAAUUGUCAUUGUUAUUUAGGCCAAGGAAAUGCCACCAGACGAGUUUUACUGUUGGCAGGCGCUGGAGAAAACUGGAAUUUACAUGAUUCCUGGCCACGUUUUUGAUAUGAAAGGCAGCGGUAACAACUUUUACUACAGGUAAGAUUUGAAUCUACAAGAGCCAUCAACUUCAGGUCGAAACUUUGAUGAUUUCAAAAACCUCCAUGUGAUAUCAUUUGCGCCCUUGUGUCACAAGGUUUUCACAGGCUUGUCUACUAUAUUUAGAUUUAUUAGAUUGACUACACCUCUAAAUUUGAAGAGACCCCUCUUUCCCCCCAACCCCGAAGAAUUCUGCCUUUGUACCACAGGAACACCAAAUUAGGAUGCGUUCUGACGAAAGCAAUAAGGGUAUAAACAGAUCGGCUCAUAGUGGGGUCUUAGUGUAGGGCCUGCAACUGGGAUAAAGUUGGUAUGUACAAAUAGAAGGGCUUACAACCGGGAUUAUACGGUAUAGACCAGAGCUUAAACUUACAUAGGAAAAGGCGUCCUAAAAGCAACUUGUCUGUAAAAGCGACGUUCUGUCAGCGUGUGAAAGUCUGAUGAAAUUUGACCAAGUUUUAUCGCCACAUUAUGGGUUAAAAUAAUCCAAAACGUUUUGAUUUUUCAGACCCACUAUCCAUACGAAGGAAAUAACUUUAAACGGUUUCAUGUUUUAAUCUUUCUUGGUAGGAUCACUAUUCUUCCUUCUGAGGAGACGUUCGCUCCAAUGUUUGGGCGACUAAAAACCUUUCACCAAGAAUUCAUGGCGCAGUUUAAGGACACGAACUGACAAGAUGGAUUUACUGGAUUUAGUUUCCAGUGAUGACAAUAUUCAGUCCGGACUAUUUGAUAUGUCUCCAUCAGGGGAAAGUUUUCUGACGUAAAAUACAUGUUUGAAGCUUCUCGAGAAAGGCUAAAUAGUUUUAAUGACUCUUCAUUCAUCUAUGAUUUUCAAAGUUUUUCAAUUGACUUCCCUUCCCAGAUUUGGCUAUAUAUUAUCUCUCAAAAAAAGACCCGGAAAUGUUCAUCAUUGAAUAGUGGCAGAAAGAGUCUUGAAUGUAUCUGGCAAGCUGUACACAAAUGUCCUUAACCACACAACGAGGAAAAACAACAUUCUCAUAAUCCUCUCCUAAAAUUGGCGUGAAAAAAAGACACUUUUAACAAUCUUCUAACUUUUCCCAUCUGAAGGACACUGAAGUGUGCUUUUCCCAUUUCAGCGGUUUUCCGGCCCAUUCCUUGUGAUAUUCCAGACACAGAUAAGAACGUAAAGAAAUCCUGUUUAUAUAAAUAGCAGCUUUAUUGAAGUGUCUUAAAAUGCUGAUUUUAGUAACAGAGGUAUUUUAUCUUCAAAACAGGUCGCAUUGUUAAAGUAGCUAUCACGUUGUGAAAAAACAAAUUAAGAACUUAACAACAACUUCUGCGCUUUAUGUA